GUGGGAUCUGUGUGUUCUCAUGCGAACGGGAAGGAGCGUUGGGGAUCGGGAGUCUCGAGGUUGAGACAUUUUCGGGCCCGAAAGGGGAAGGAUCAGCUGCCGCCGCUGCCAAGCCCGCGCCCCCUCUUCUUUGCUGUCUCCGGCCCGGCCCGGCCGUGCCGCCUCUUCUUGCCGUCUCCCUCCUCGGCCGUCCCCGCGUGUUUUGCGCGGUCGCCGGGCACCGGGGCUGCGGCGACGAGCCCGCGGGCGGCCGGUCGGGCGGGGCGGGCGGCUGACAGCGUCCUGAAGUUAGCAUUAUACUUCUCCAGUGGAGCCCAUGACUUCUGAUCAGGACACUAAAGUUGUGGCUGAACCGCAGGCACAGCGAGUCCAGGAGGGCAAGGAUAGCUCUCAUCUGAUGAAUGGUCCUAUAUCGCAAACCACUUCUCAAACAAGCUCCAUCCCAGCUUUGACUCAGGUCCCAACAACUAAGGUUUCAGAGCUAAACCCUAAUGCGAAAGUAUGGGGGACUCAUAUGUUACAUUUGGAAGCGAGUAGUGCGGCUGUUGGUGUGAAUGCCUCGUCGUGGGAGGAGGCCCCUGGCCAUCCUGCAGACUGCAGCCAGCAGGGAUUGGAUACCAAUGGCGACGGUGACAAAACUCAUGAGAAUGCUGCUCUGUCAGACUUAGAGGAGGCGGACCAGACAGACAUGAGCACUCUGGCUCUGGACCAUUCGGAAUAUGAACCUCUGCCUGAAAGUAACGAAACGGGAGGAAAUGAGUCUCAACCAGAAAGCCAGGAAGACCCCCGGGAAGUACUUAAAAAAACAUUGGAAUUCUGCUUAUCUAGGGAGAAUCUUGCUAGCGACAUGUACCUUAUAUCCCAGAUGGACAGUGAUCAGUAUGUGCCAAUUACAACGGUAGCUAACCUUGACCAUAUCAAGAAACUCAGUACUGAUGUGGAUUUGAUUGUUGAAGUGCUAAGAUCUUUACCUUUAGUCCAAGUGGACGAGAAGGGAGAGAAAGUAAGGCCAAAUCAAAACCGGUGCAUAGUAAUAUUGCGUGAAAUAUCUGAAUCCACCCCUGUGGAAGAAGUAGAAGCACUAUUUAAAGGAGAUAAUUUACCAAAAUUUAUAAACUGUGAAUUUGCCUAUAAUGAUAAUUGGUUUAUUACCUUUGAAACAGAAGCUGAUGCACAGCAGGCUUAUAAAUACCUUCGAGAAGAAGUCAGAACUUUUCAAGGAAAGCCAAUUAAGGCACGGAUAAAAGCAAAGGCAAUAGCGAUAAACACAUUUUUGCCAAAGAAUGGAUUUAGACCUCUGGACAUGAACCUUUACACACAGCAACGUUAUGCUACAUCCUUUUACUUACCUCCAGUGUACAGUCCCCAGCAGCAGUUCCCUCUGUACGGCCUGAUUGCCCCUCAGACGUGGUCAACAACACAUAGUUAUCUCGAUCCACCCUUGGUAACACCAUUUCCAAGUACUGGAUUUAUAAAUGGGUUUACAUCUCCGACCUUCAAACCUGCAACAUCUCCUCUGACUUCACUCAGACAGUAUCCUCCUAGAAGCAGGAAUCCUAGUAAGUCUCAUCUGCGCCAUGCGAUUCCUAGUACAGAGAGAGGGCCCGGGCUGCUAGAAAGUCCUUCAAUAUUUAACUUCACUGCAGAUCGAUUAAUUAAUGGCGUCCGGAGCCCACAGACGAGGCAAGCAGGGCAAACUAGAACACGAAUACAGAACCCUUCAGCUUAUGCCAAGAGAGAGAUUGGAACUGGGCGUGUGGAGCCAAGUAGUCUUGAAUCCUCUCCUGGUUUAGGGAGAGGAAGGAAAAAUUCCUUUGGCUAUCGGAAGAAAAGAGAAGAGAAGUUUACAAGCAGUCAGACUCAGUCUCCAACACCACCAAAGCCUCCAUCACCAAGUUUCGAACUGGGGCUGUCCAACUUCCCCCCAUUACCUGGAGCUGCAGGCAAUUUGAAGGCAGAGGACUUGUUUGAAAACAGGCUUUCCAGCUUGAUCAUAGGAUCUUCAAAAGAAAGAGUAAGCUAUAAAGUUUGCUGUAAAGUUUGCUGAUGUUUUCUAAGCACUGAUGUUGUGCAGGGACCUGGCCCAAGUUCUUUACACAUGUUAAAAGGAGAAAGGAAUUGAAAGAAGUUUAAGGUUUUGGGUGAUUUGUGUUGCUCCCUUGAUGUUGGAGCCAGGUCAGGCUGCCCUUCUCUUGCUGCCUGCUGAGGUUGCUGUGGUGCCUGUGCUGUACAGGUGCAUAGAUGAGCUGUUGACAUUUAAAGCACUUGUGUUUCAUGAAACAGAAUAAGAUACAAGAAUCUGCAUGACACCAGAAAUAAUCUACAUAGUGUUAGUAGCAGGAAGCUUAGAGUCACUUUGUUGUCGUCUGGUGAUUCCAGCAAACUCUAGGCUGCCACAAGGUCGCUCACUGCAGUGGUCACCACUGCUAAUCUCAGCUGAGCUCCUCGUGUCCAAAGAGAUUCCUUCCCAGAGCUCCUGCAAUGCAGUUAGCUAACAGGCUGGCAGUGGGAUUUGCCCCUGCCAGUAUCAGUGUUUCAAGGCUCUGGGGCAUGCAGACAAAGGACUUUAUGCUCAGUUACUAAAGUAUGGCUGAGUGCCAGCCCGGGUGGGGGUGGGGUGGACUUGUGGAGUAGUCCUGGCUCUAGGUGUUCCUUAUGCUGCAGUUGUCAACUGUGGCUGUACAUCAGAUGGCACAUUUGUCUGUGUGGAGCCACAGUAGUGGCUGUAAUACUUAAGGCAGAUGACUUUGCCACUGCAGUAUCUUGAGACUAGAGUCAGGUAAAAAGUUGAGUUCUUUUCACGUUGAGAAGUGGUAAUUGCUGCUGUUUUUAGCCAUGGAAACUAUGCUUUCCAAGAGUCCAUAUUAUCUAGUAAGGGAACAUGUUAGAAUUGGGAUGUCUUAGAACUUAACCAGUCUUAAUGUCCACAUGAAUAAUUUCCAGUUGCCUUAUAAAACAGUAGAGAAUUGUGCAUUUCAACAGUUAUGAAGUUUUGUUUUCAAGUUAUGGUCUCCCUUAAGUGAUAGGUCAAUAACACUGGCAGCCCUCCUCAGUUUCAUAGACUGUUGCUGCUUUGAAUGUACUUGAGUUUCUGUGCAGAGCCUUUAUUGAAGAAAGAAUUACUGCUUUCUGAAAGGCAGGGCCUGGCUCUGUGUCCAAGUUACACAGUCUCCGCUGCUGCCAGUGUCGAUGCAUCUACAAGAGCUACAGAAGACUUGGGACAUUAGACCAUAGAACCCCUCCUUGCUUGACAUAGGGUUUGUGAUUCUUUGUAAAGUGUCUGUUUAAAUAGAGGCAGAGUUGAACAUAUGUUGAAUCUGAUCCUGCUUUUACAAAUAAGAAGUCUUUGGCUGCCCUGUGUUUUAUUAGCAAGCUAGGUCCCUUUCAUGUGAGCAAUCAUAAGUACCUCUGGUUCUCAAGCCAGCAGAACCUCACCCUAGCACCAGAUAAGAGGGUAAAUUGCACCAUUCUCCCAAAGCUGCACUUCCAGCUACUUUGUUACCUUUGAACUUUUACUUACUUAGAAAAGAAAGGCAGUUAGAAAAUUUUGUCGAGUUGGGGAU